AUGGCAUCUUCUACUAGCUACGAACCUGUUAUUGAUCGAGCUGCGUUCGAAGCCUAUACGCAACUCCGAGCAAUUGCCAAGAAAUACAAUGUCGAAGACAAACUCGAGGUACCUCAAUUGGUUCUUGUCGGCGAAACGUCAACCGGCAAAUCGAUGCUCGUUCAAAAUUUUCUCCGAUUUCCAUGUUCAUUCUCUCAGACUGGAGUUGCAACACGUUGUCCAGUGGCUUAUCGACUUGUCUACAAUCCGACGUUACCAAUCGGCGAGCUUCGUAUUAUUCGACCAGCCGGUAUUACUCCCCCUCAGCUAGCAAAUUAUUUACAAAAGUUAAUGAAACGUAUUCAAGAAGAAUGUUCUGCUACGGGUGGUUUUCGAUUAGAACCCGAGUGGAUCGAGAUCGAAAGUGCUGAAUAUACAGAUUUCGAAAUUCUUGAUCUACCCGGUCUAGUUGGUGGUGAUAAAGUGGCCGAGAAUCGACAAGCAGUAGAGAAAAUAGCGGAAUCAUUCGUACGUAAUCCUCGAUUCUCGAUUGUUCUAUUGAAAGAGACUACACAAAUCACUGAUAAUAGUCAUGGAGCACGUGUAAUUGAUGAACUCUGUAAUAAACAAAAAGGUUCUGAUUCCUCGUUACUACCACGACCCGAUUACCAUAAAAAUAUGAUCACUAUCCAUACAAAAUUUGACUCUUUUAUGUUAAACUUUACCAAUGGAACUGCAGCAAAUAACGAAAUAUCAAAGCAGCUGAACGAUUUCGGUCCUUCUUUCUUCACCAAUAUGAUUUUUGAUGGAUAUUCAAUGGCAGAACGAUCGUUCGAUGAUAAUGUUGCCUAUCUGCGUGAUUUAUCGCGUCGAGAACAACAAGAAGUAAACACUUGGAUUGAGAAAAUGAAUCAAAAGAGUGGUCAAUCACUGGAUAAUUAUCAAUGUUUCGAUGAGAAAUAUCAUAAACUUAUUGGUAUCGAUGUUGUACGAAAUCAGAUUCAAUCACUGUGGCUUAAAUCAUUUCGUUCUGCUCUACCGAAGCUAAGAGAAAAAGUUCAAGAUGAACUUGACAAAGCUCGAUGUCAAUACAAUGAAAAUCAAGAACGAUACAAACUACUCAAUCCCCGCUUUCUUCGAGAUACUUAUAGAAACUAUAUCCAUGAUUUUCAUAAGAUUCUUUGUCAAUAUUCAAGUUACAAAUCGGAAAUCGAUUUUAUUUUUCCUCUCGAUCAAUGUGGUCAGACAUACGAGGAGAUCGAAACUGCUUAUAAUGAAUGGAGUCGCAAGAAGACAGUCACUUGGCGGGCAUAUUUAAGCGUAAACGACUUAAAACAAAAAUUUCCCGAUGAAGAUGGCAAUAUCAAUGCACGUUAUGUUGGUUGUCGUCAUUUUGUACGACUUCACAAUCUCUUUUCGUACAUGAUUCUAAAUUUUAAACCACGAGAACCAACUCGAGAUUGGAUUGAAUCAGCGUCUUCACUUUUAGCUGCGGGUACAACAGACUUUGAUGAUUUAGAAAAAGCAGUUCGAGAUAUUCUUCGCACUCUCUUACGUGAAACUACUCUGAUGGGUAUUUGUUGGCUGACACAAAUGUAUUCCUUUCUAUUGGACAUGUUUAGAAUCCAUGUUAAAUAUUAUCUUCUUAGCGAUCAGAAGUAUCCAAUGUUGCGCGAUCACAAUAUCUUUCUGAAUGCAGUCGAUCUCGAAUAUCAUAUCAUUGUACGUACGAUGAUUCGUGAUGCCAUUCGUCUCAUUCGUGAUUAUCGUCAAUCAGCUAGUGCUUAUGCACAUUAUGAUAUCAUGAAGCGUAUGUCGAAAUUGAUGUUUUCAAUUCCACGAGAGAUUGAACAUGAGGCAUUCAAUCAACCAGUUGAUGGUAUUUUUGUAAGAAAUUCAUCAAACAAUACAUACACGACGGCUAGUUUAGCCGAUAUUUUCAAAGCAAUUCCACCACAUAAACUUCUCGAGCAAAUUUAUGGGUCUGAAUCAUUUUUGACAAGCAAGCGAGAUCCAUACUCAUGUAGUCAUCAUGCAAAUGCAAGACGGACAAUUAAAGAACUCUACACAGCAAGUUGUGGUAGACUUUUAGAAGAAAUUCGAUCGAGUUUUAAUACGUAUGUCGUAAUGAGAAUUCAUAAUUUUGAUCGAUUCAGUGUAGAACGACAUUCAGAUAAUCCAAAUAGGAUUCCUCUCUCUCGACGCAUUGAUUUUAUGACGGAACAACAAAUUUCUGAGAUGUCAAAUUUUGGUUUCGACGAGAUCAACGAGGCGUGUCAUGCAUCGAUUGAAAAGAUUCAAGCCCUGAACGAAGCUCUAUUGUUCAUCAAUAGCGCCAUAAAUGAAAUGAAUAGUGUUCAGCGGGUUCAAAGUGAACAACGUCAAACUCGUAUGGAAAAAGUCAAUCUUAAAAGCACGAAAUAUGCAGAAUACAUGCGUAAGAAACAAGAAGCGGUCGAAAAUCGUCAUCAACGACGAUAUCUUUCCCAAAGCUCUCAUAAUCGUUCAGUUGAUGAAUCCAACGAAACCUCAAGUGAUUACACACUCGAUGACGAACGAAUGUUAAUGACUUAUCGUGAUGCAGAAUCGGCCAGUGAAUUUCUACGUGAGAUCUACGAUAAACACGAUAAGGAAGAUUUAAAAUAUGGAUUUCUUGAGAAUGAUCCAGAGAAUCAAGAUACAAAUCAGUCGCAUAUACAUGAUAAUUUCCGUGUCGAUCCGAAUUCAAUGAACUAUGAAGAGAUUUCGUUACCUUCUACUAGCAACAAGAGUAAUUCUUUCCCAACAACUACAAACGAUGAUUCUUUGGUUGCAGCGUCCGCUUAUGAUGAACAAAAUAAAUUGAAACCUCUACCGAAAUUUUAUAACUCUGAUACUGUGGCGCCAAUUACAGAAUCUGUUGUCUAUCUAACAGAAGAAGCAUCAUUAGAAGAAAUAACUUUAUUUACGAGAACUUUUGGUCAAGAAACUGAUUUUGUAUGUCACGAUCCAACUGUUGCAACAAAUGGUGGUCCACAUGUUAUUCAAACAUUUUUGUCAGAAGAAUUUUCAGAAGAAAAGCAAAUAAAAUGUACAAUUGCAAGACAAGAUGAUCAGGGAUUUUAUAGCAUGUUUCUACUUGAUCGUGGACGUGAGAAAUUUCACAUAGAAAAAGUACAUAUUGAAGACGUUAAAAAGGUAAAAGAUUACUAA